GAGAGAGAGAGAGAGAGUGUAACAGCCACUUGUUGCUUAGCUGAAAGCAGAAAGUCGUCGAGUACCGAAAAUAAUAAUUUUGUGAAACUGUUGAGCUCCGUCGCGUGGCUCCUCCGGGGCUGUAAAAAGGGAUUUCACGUCGAGGUUAUAAGAAGUAAAGUCAUAGGAAGUUUUUAAAUGCUUCUGUAAUCCAGAGGAAAGGAGCCUAACCUAACUCGCCUUGUUGUGUCACAGACACUGCUGCAUGGGAGCAGGUCAUCCUUUCCCACAACCUGAAUGAUGUCGCGCUACGACAGCCCGCCCAUGUACAGCCCCCCUUACUCCCCGAGCGGAUAUGGACCCCCGGGGGAGCUCCUUGAGCCGCGCUCCCUCCCUCCCGAUUCCUUCUACAUUCAGGAGAAGCCCCAAUACUUCUUCAAGUGGACCUCCCCACCAGGGGUCUUGAAGAUCCUGGAGGCCAUCAGCCUGCUGCUGUGCUUGGGGAUAUUUGCCUGCGUGGCGUCCACCCUGGCCUGGGACAUGGGGUACGGCGGGGGCAUGGGCCUGGGGAUGGGCAUGGGGGGUUACGGGAUGGGGGGUUACGGGAUGGGCGGGUACGGGAUGGGGGGGUACGGGGGCUAUGGUAUGGGCUAUGGCGGGGGCUACGGUAUGGGCUAUGGCAGUUAUGGAGCCUCCACCAGCCCCCAGGCCUCCAAGGGCUUCAUGAUCGCAAUGGCGGCCAUCAUUUUCAUCGCGGCCCUGGCGGUCUUUGUCGUGAUCACCACCAAGUCUCAGAGCUCCCGCAGCCGCAGGUUCUACCUGCUGGUGAUGGUGUUCAGCGGCCUGCUGGCGGGGCUGGAGCUGAUCGCCACCUUCGUCUUCAUCAUUGGUGUCAAUCCCAUGGCCCAGAGCUCCACCUCCAUGUACUACAGCCAGGUGAUGAUGAUGUGCCAGUCCGUGUACAACUCAGGGGCCUUCGUCAACCAGUACCUCUACCACUACUGCGUUGUGGAUCCCCAGGAGGCCGUGGCUAUGGUGGGUGGUUUCCUGGUGGCUUUUGCACAGGCUCUUAUCAUCUUCUUCGCCUACCAGACGCGCAGCAAGAUCUGGCGCUACGGCAAGCACAACAUCUACUGGGACAAGCCUCUAAGCGCAGACCCGGAGGAGGGGCGUGAUGUGGAGGACUGGGUUAACAAUGUGCAGGGUGGGAACAGCACUCACGCCGAGACAGUGGAGUACUCUGAGAAGCCAACCUCUCAGGUCAACAUGAUCAGCAACAGCAGCCCAGCUAAGGCAGGCAGCUACUUCAGCUCUGGCACCUACACUGACCGCAGUUUCCCGGCCGCGACUCCCUUGGACCGCCCCCCAGAGUACACAGGACCGGUGGUCAGCUCCAGCCCCUCGGAGGAGGAGGGCGGGGGAGUGAGGCGCCCCGCAGCCAGGAGAGGAAAGAAGAAGCGACGCAGGAACCCCGAGCUGGACGAGUCCCAGUACGAGACGGAGUACACCACUGGAGCAGACACCUGCGACGAGCUGGACCAAGGGGAGUGGGAGAGCCUGUACCCCCCGAUCAGGACAGACCAGGAGAGGCAGGAGUACAAACGGGAGUUUGACUUGGAUCUGAAGGUGUACAAGCAGCUGUGUGCUAAGAUGGACGACGUCAACGACCAGAUGAACCAGCUGAGCCGGCAACUGGACAGCUUGCAGGAGGACAGCCCCCAGUACCAGGGAGUGGCUGAGGAGUAUAACCGACUGAAGGACCUGAAACAGACCCCUGACUACCAAGCCAACAAGCUGCAAUGCAGGCAGCUAAGGAGCAAGCUGUUUCACAUCAAGAGCCUGGUGAACAGCUACGACAAACAGCGCCCCUAGUGGGCACUGGAGGAACCAGAGAGACGCAGCUUCAAACCCACCUCUGCCAGGGGGUGGCAAGGCUUUGUAAAUAGAUAGCGUUGAGAAACUCUUGGGGUGUUUCUGACCCAGCGUGCCCCUUUGGCUCCUGUCAAACCGAUCCAGCCGCUAGUCCCGUUCACUUCUCUGUGUGUGACCGCGUUCUCUUGGUCCCGAUGAGGUCACGACAUCAGAGCCACGCCCUUUUAAUUGCAGAGCCCUGAAAUAAAAAGCACUUUGACCUGUUUUUUAAAUUCACCCCCUCGCCCAGUUGUGUGUCCGACUAUGCGCAGUAUGCAUGUUUUUAAUCUUGUUAAAGGAGUCAUUUUUGGUCACACCCACGAUGUCUUUGGCUUAAGAAAAGAAAACAAGGCUGGAGUAGAUUAUGAGCCUCGCUCUUUUUCAGUUUAUCAUGUUUUUCCGAUGCUUGUACGGUGCAAUCACCGUGCUUAUCUGUUAUUCACCAUGUAUGCACAAUGCAUUACCAUACUUUGCUGUGUUGUACUAUGCAAGCAAAACGAAAACGUGGUUGUUGACCCAGACUAAGGACUUUUAAAAUGAACAAGGAUGCAGUUCUUCUGUAAUUCUGUAACAUUAAGCUCAGCUGCUAUCCUUCAGUCCUCAAGCCUGCAGCCGCCAAACAUGUCACCAUCGCGUUAGCAGGACAGGAGCCAAACGAUUUCACUUCCAAGAUGCACGAAGCCUGCAAAGGGGUAAUGAAAACACGCAAAAGUGUAAUGGGCAAAACAGCUGAACAAAGUUUGAGUUCAGAUUGCAUCCUAUCCAGAUCAAACUCCACACACACAGAGCAGCUGGAUUGCCAAACUGCUGCCAGUCUCGCUGUCAGUUAUCUUCAUUACAGGAGUUCUGAUCACGUGGGGGGGCUGUUUUGAUGAAGGAGGUUAAAGUCAUGGUUGUUUUGACUGUGGUAGCUUCUAUUUCUGAUACUGGGGCAAGGCUGCCAUCCUUCAGAUUCAUGCUCCUUAUACUUGAUCAUUAAUUUACUGAUCUAGCCAAACUUUGCUUAUCUUCUGAGAUCAUUCAAGGUAAAUUACUACUGUAGUUAGUUCAUUGUACAGCGUGCAACAUCCAGACGAGGCAACUGUAAUUCAUUCUCCUAUUUCCCCAAGCAAGAAUAGUGCAGAGAUUCUUAUAAAGUGAUCUUAUUAUAAAUGAUGCAUUUGUGAGAUAAUUUUUCAAGAUAUUUUCCAAUCCACCGAUAUUUGUUGGGAUUUCAAGGUGCAACGUGCACAAGUGAAAAAACGAAAGCGCGUUGCAAAAUGUUACGCAAAGCAGGCUCAAAACCUAAAGGUAUUUUUAUGUUGUUUUAUCAAGAUAUUCGGACAAGAGACCAAUCCUAUGCAUUGCCUAGCACUUUGAACCAUUAUCCAGGUUUUGUUACAAGCCUUUGUUGUAUGUUUUCUAUACAAAUGCGGUAUGGGUUUUGUUAUGUAAGCUCUAGUAGGAGUUUAUUGAAGUUUGUUUUAAAACCUGGAAUGGCUCAAACAACCGCUAUGCAAUGGGAAUCAUGUUGCCAACCCUGGGUUUUUUUUAAAAUAUAUAUUCCUUUUUUCUGUAGUCCUAGAAAAAUCAGUUAUAAAACAUAAUUCCAACAUCAAAAAGAUACUAAUACAAUAAUACAGUAAACUUAACUAAUGUGUAAAAAAAAAGCUAGUAUUUUGUAUUAUUAUUAUUAUUUUUAUAAUUGCUUAAGAGUUGAAGACAAUAUAACACUGUUUAGACAUUACACUAAUAUAUUGUAUAUUAGAAUAGUGGGCUAUUUUUAUAUUAUGCAACUUUCAAAGCUGCAAACAGGGAUCAUAAGAUUGAGUGAUUCAUUUGUUUGACAUGCAUGUAGUUCAAUGAUAGAAACAGGUUGUGCAGGGAGAUCGUUUUUUUAUUGUUAUUGCUGAUAAGAUUAUAGCAAUUUGAGUGCAAAUGUUGUGUUUUGAUCACAGAAUACAAUAGGUUGGAUUCUAUUUUGCCAUCAAACUCUAGAAUGUUCUUUUUUUCAAAGCCCCCGGUGCAAUUAUUAUGAUUUUUGGAGAUGAAGAAAAAAAAAGGUGAAAAUGUGAAAAUUUGAUAUAAAAAAACAUCUCACAAAUGAAACUGUUCCGCAAAUAUAAAAGUGAACACAAGACAACACGUGCAUUGUGUAAGUUGAAGAAGCCCAAGCGUUACCUAUUGAGGGUGAAAUUUCGAUGUACAUUUUCAAGCUGAUCAACGCCGUGUUUCACCAAAGAUCUUUGUAAAUAAAACUGUCCGUUUUGAAAAAUGUUAA